CACUUGGAAUUUUUCCACUAUUGAACAUGCACCUGCACUGGCUAAUAGUUUUUCUUGUCUUAACGGGGCAGGAGUCUGAUGCUGAAAACUGCAAUGAUACAGAAACAGCUAAAGCUAAAAAAAGACUUUUUGAUCGUCUCAGCCUGAACGAGAAUUACUCUCAGAAUACUAGAAUGUGGCCCUUGACGUUCCAUGACGACCCCUUAGAUGUCAAGUACUUCGACCCUGCCACCAUUUUUGUGGACAUAUAUGUGACCUCCAUCACAAAUGUGAAUGAAAAAGCCCAGAGCAUCUCGACACAGGUCAAAAUGAUAACUGGUUGGCCAAAUUCCAAUAUGACGUGGACUCCUGGCCAAUAUUGUGGAAUCAAAUCAUAUGCAGCCCCUAAAAAUAUGUUUUGGACACCAGACAUUUGUAUAAUGGAAAGCAUCAAGACAGAUUUUGGAACAAAGGAGUCUCCAUAUGUGCAGUUGCGCAGUGAAGGAUUUACAGUAUCAACUGAUGUUUUAGCUCUGACCACGGCCUGCAAGAUGGAUCUCUACAGGUUUCCCUUCGACACCCAAAUCUGCAACAUAACACUUCAGUCUACAGUGUAUUCAGAUCAGGAGAUUAUACUUGAUACAUUAUCUGAUGCAGAGUGGGCGACCUUCAAGUCGAAGGAGGUCUUUCAGGCCCAGGGAGAGUGGGAUUUCAUUAGUAUAAAUAGUACUAGUUCUACCAUUGGUGAUGAUAUUGGAGAGUCUGAAAUAAAUCAGCUGAUAUAUCAGAUCACGAUAAAAAGGAGACCUCUACUGUAUGUAAUAAACAUUAUAAUACCUGUAUUUUUCUUCCUUGUGCUGGAUGUGAUCGCCUCCUUCAUUGACACAAGUGGAGCAGACAAAGUGAGCUUUAAAGUGACUUUACUGCUGUCUAUUUCUGUGAUGUUACUGAUUCUUUAUAGCACACUUCCCUCUACGGCUGAAAACAUCCCUCUGAUUGCGAGUUACUGCUGUGCGGUUUUCUGUCUAAUUGGCAUUGGCAUCCUGGAAACCUUCCUUGUGAAUUGUCUGAUGGCUAGAGGAGCUGAGAAGAGAUCAGCGGAAACAACAUCUACUGUUAGUGGCCGAGAUGACGGUGAAAGAGACCAGAAGAGCCCUCCAGACUCAGUUAGAGAUCAGAAUGAAGAGUCUUUUACCCUAAACCGCCUGAAGCAGAUCCUCACUGAGUGUUGGGCUGUAACUCCACCAAACCAACGAAAGAAGCUGUCCUGGACCAGAGUGAUGAUAUAG